UUAUUUAUUAUUCUAAUAAUUAUUUUUAAAGAAAAAUACAAUUACUUGUAAUUAAAUAUGGAAAUCAAUCCAUUAAGUAUAAUUCUUGUAAAAAGUGAUAGCAAGGGUGACAGACUUCUAUUUCGAUAUCCACAUAUGAUGAGUCAUGUGCGCGACUCAAAACAAUGCACAAAACGUAAAAAUCCGUAUUCCUUGACAACUACGGAAGAUUUAUUGCAGCAGUCUCUACCAUUUCCAACUUCUAACAUAAACAAUGGAAAUCUUACUGGCUUAAAGGAUGAAGUACUUUCAACAUUAUUUGCAGUUAAACCUGAAUUAUGCGAACAAAAAUUUGAAUUGAAAGUAAAUGAUGUUCGCUUCGUUGGACAUCCUACUUUGAUACCACAACGCGGUUUUAAAGAAGUCAAUUCUUCUAUGCUUUUUAAUGUAGUCUUUGCUUUACAAGCCCAAGCAAGUCAUUCUGUAGUAAAAUGUUAUUAUGAUUUAAGCAGAAGAUUGGGUAUUGCAUUAAGACACGAAGAAAAGAGAUGUGGUUUUUUGACAGAUGAAAUUAAGAUUAUGGUAUCAACUCAUGAUGAAAUUACUGCUAGAUCAGAGGGUGAAAGUGAUAGCGACGAAUCUCCAUAUGAAUUGAUACUACAGAAAAGCUUACUUGCUCGUAAUCUAAAAACAGUCUUCAGUAGUAUCAGUACAUCUGGUAUAAUUAAUAUUAUGAUUAAUAAAUGGAUACAAGUACGCUUUUGUCUUCCACAAAAGGUUCACCAAUCAUACAAGAAAGGUUUCUUUAUUAAUCCUGAGAUUAUUGAUAGAUGUUUAAACAGUUUAAGACCUUACCAUGGACUACUUUUGUUAAUUGAACCUUCAGAUUUAUUAGAUUCAUUGCCAAUAGAUUCUUCUCCAGCAUUAAGACGUCUAAUUCAAAUGUAUAAUCCAUUAAAGAGUCUACAAACAUUAGCUGCUGAUUCAGAUUUAACACUGACACAAGUAUUCCAAUUGACUGGACAUUUAGUUUAUUGGGCUAAAGCUAGAAUAAUUUAUCCACUUUGUGAAAGUAAUGUUUAUGUUGUAUCACCAGAUGCUAUUUUAUCUAAUCAAUUAUUAGAAGCAUUUUCUGAACAAUUUUCAGGACUCUGUCUUUUACAAGUCAUUAGUGAUUUUUCCUUGCCAACAUCAAUUAGUCAAAAGUUAAAUCCUUUAAGUCAACCUCAGCAACAAACUCAAUUAGUAAAAGUCAUCAUAUGGUUACUUAAAAAUCAUCUACUUUUGCAAUUGCAUACAUAUGUCCAAUACAUGCCAACAGUACAUGGUCUCGUAUUACCGGACUCGAAAGAGCAAGCCACUUUUGAUGUAAAUCAUAUUGAUGAAACAGAGAAUUCUUGGGAUUUUGAUGAAACUAAUAAAGGAAUAAUUAGUGAUGUAAAAGAAGAGCUAUCUCAUACUUUACAUAAAAAAGAUGUGUUCUACAAUUAUCCAUCAGAAAGUUACGAUAUUCCGUCUGACGAUAGAAAAUUACUUGAUAAAUUGUGUCGUCUUGGAUAUUUUAAUGGUGGACAUCAUCUAGAAGAAAUAAUGUAUUUAGAAAAUAUUAGAAGAUCUCAAUUAUUGCAAAUAUUAGAUAAAUUUAGAGAUAUAUUGAUAACACGUGAAUGUGAAGAUCCUGCAAUAGAUAUGUUUCAUACUCAGUUAGGAUCUUAGUGAUACUAUUUUGUGUGAUAGUACAGUAAGAAUAAUUGCAAUUAAACAGUAUUAAAAUAUU